GGCGGCCGCGCCCGCCCGGCCCGCGCCCAUGCAGGCCAUCAAGUGCGUGGUGGUCGGCGACGGCGCCGUGGGGAAGACCUGCCUGCUGAUCAGCUACACCACCAACGCCUUCCCGGGAGAGUACAUCCCCACCGUCUUUGACAACUACUCGGCCAAUGUGAUGGUGGAUGGGAAGCCGGUCAACCUGGGGCUGUGGGACACCGCCGGGCAGGAAGACUACGACCGGCUCCGGCCGCUCUCCUACCCUCAGACCGACGUCUUCCUGAUCUGUUUCUCCCUGGUGAGCCCAGCCUCCUUUGAGAAUGUCCGAGCCAAGUGGUACCCGGAGGUGCGGCAUCACUGCCCCCACACGCCCAUCCUCCUGGUGGGCACCAAGCUGGACCUGCGGGACGACAAGGACACCAUCGAGCGGCUGCGGGACAAGAAGCUGGCGCCCAUCACGUACCCUCAGGGCCUGGCCAUGGCCCGGGAGAUCGGUUCCGUCAAGUACCUGGAGUGCUCGGCCCUGACUCAGCGGGGCCUGAAGACAGUGUUCGACGAGGCCAUUCGGGCAGUGCUUUGCCCACCCCCCAUGAAAAAGCCAGGGAAGAAGUGCACAGUCUUCUAGAGCCCGGGCCGGAGGCAGCCCCGCCCCCGCCCCGCCGUGUCUGCUGU